AUGAACCAAUACCCCAAUAACCCUUGGCCUAAUGACGGCCCGAGCCAGGGAUACUCAUACGCGGAUGAGCGGGAGAAGAAGAAACAGACCCAGGCGCAAUACCGUGACGAAGAGCGACAGCUAAUUCGCAGGCUGCAAGUGUUGACUGGAUCUCCGGACAAACGAGCCACCGUGCUCCAGAAAUCGGCAGACCAGAUGGAGGACUUGGUCUGCAAGGUCAAACAGCUCACGCAGGAGAACCAGGUGCUCAAGGCCCAGCUAGAGCGAUUGAGUGCCGAGCACCAGCAGUUGCAGAUAAUGGUGCAGCAGCAGCAGCCACAGGCGCAGCACGGCGGAUGGGACCAGACCUACCAUCGCCACUAG